CUCAGCAGUUCGGUGUUGUCUGUCUGUCUGAAAGAUUCCUCGGCGGUAUCCAUUUACCUACUACUCUUGUCCGAAUCCUCGCGAAUUCUGUUUGUGGCAAUUCUUGGAAAAGCGAGCAAUUUUUGUUGCAAGUGCUGUUCCAGCUACACAGUUGAGUGUUGAUCUUGUGAUUCGUGAUUAAGUUGGCCGGAUUCUACCGUUAAUCGUUUGAGAUACAAUUCCAGACGGAAGUGACAGCUCUUCGGGGUGUGCAUGAAUAAUCAUUAUUGUGCUAGCGAAAAAAAGGCAACGUAGUGAGAGAAAGUGCGGAAUCUUUGUUGAUCAAGUAGCAUUAUUUAGGAAGGUAUAGUUUCGGAAAAAGGCAGCCCUUGGCGGCGGAUCCACGGAAUUGUGCACGCUUUCGGAGGGUAAUUUCCAGGAAAUAGCACUGCGGCGAGGAUCGAAGUGGCAGCAGAUUCCCCACACCCAGUUCCAGCUUCCGUAGCAGGAAAUUGUUUAUCUCGGGAUAUAAGCACCAGAAAACAGCGACCGGAGAAUAGGAGUUUGGAUAACUUUCCGAAUUAUAUUUUGGAAAAUCCUUUGAUUUCACGGUCGAAGACAUCGUGGCUCCACGGUCAUCCGUGCCGAUAGCAUCGGAGUAAACCGCAGGAGCCAGAAUCCUGGUCUGUCUGGCCCCUGGCGGCUUGAUAGAGGGCUCAUAACAAAACGGGGAAAGCACGGACAAUGGAGGUCAGCAAUCACACAACAUCCACGCUAAGUCGAAGUAACAGUAGGACCAGCUCUAAUUCAGAACUAGAAAAAGAACUCAUUGAUCUGGAGAUUAGCGGAACACACAACAAGUCUAGUACACUCAAGAAACGGAUCUCAAGCAGUAGGACCCCAGCUAAAAAAGCUAAACGGAUACGAUUUUUUCGGAAUGGUGAUAAAUUCUAUUCGGGCAGUACAAUUCCCGUGUCCGGCGAGAGGUACAGGUCGUUCGAUAGCUUAACUGAGGACCUUACGAGGCUGCUAGAAGAUAGUGUCACCCUUACCGGGGCCAUUCGGGCAAUAUACACGCUCGACGGCAAGAAGGUGGAAAAACUCGAUGACCUCGAAGACGGUAAAAGUUACGUAUGUUCCUGUAAUAAUGAAGGUUUCAAAAAGAUAGACUAUAACAUCUCCAGUACUAACAUUACAUCCAAAAACACCAAUAGACUGUCUAGACUAAUACGUCCAGUUUCGCCAAUUAAAAAUGGCUCAAACGGAACAACACCACUCAAAGAAAUAAGUGCAGUUGUCCAUCCUAGAAUCGUUACUCUGAUCAGGAAUGGCGUGAAGCCCCGAAAGAUUCUCCGAUUGCUGCUAAACAAACGCAACAGUCCAACGUACGAGCACGUGCUAACUGCAAUCACGCAAUGCGUCAAGCUAGACACCGGCUGUGUGCGGAAGGUGUUUACCCUGUCGGGGAUACCGGUGCUCAAGUUGGCCGAUUUUUUCGCCGAAGAGGAUGUGUUCUUUGCGUACGGAAACGAGCGGGUCGGGAACGAUGACUUCGAGCUGGAACCGGACGAGCGCAAAACGAUCCAGGGCCACAAAAAGACCCUCAGAAGCAACACCACCCGGACCGGUCCGAAGCCGAAGAUGCCGAUCAAGAGUCACAAUGAUACCUUCGUGUGCGUCGACGAAACCGUGCUAAAUGGAGUGAUCUCACCGGAUUCGCUGCCGCUGGAAUUGCAGAACAAAUACACGCUAGGAUCCAUCAUCGGUGAUGGAAACUUUGCGGUUGUUUUGAAACUGAAAGACAAAUCUUCGAAUGCGGAGUUCGCUCUUAAAAUUAUCGACAAAUCGAAAUGUUCCGGAAAGGGACAUUACCUAGCGGCGGAGAUUCGGGUGAUGAAAAAAUUGAACCACCCCUACAUUAUUCAGCUGAUUCAGGAUAUCGAAACGAUGAACAACAUGUACCUGGUGCUGGAACUGGUACGAGGUGGGGACUUGUUCGAUGCUAUCACCCGGGUGACGAGGUUCUCGGAAAACCAAUCCAAAAUUAUGAUGAAGCAUCUGGCAUCGGCCAUGUCGUAUAUGCACGCCCUCAGCAUCGUUCAUCGGGAUAUCAAACCGGAGAAUUUAUUGGUUGAACUGGACAAAGAUGGUAAUGUAGUACUGUUAAAACUUGGUGACUUUGGGCUGGCGUGUGAAGUAACUGAACCCUUGUUGUCAGUUUGCGGAACCCCCACUUAUGUGGCCCCAGAAAUUCUCAUGGAAACCGGAUAUGGCGUGAAGAUUGACGUCUGGGCGGCCGGUAUUAUUCUGUAUAUACUACUAUGCGGUUUCCCACCAUUCGUUUCGCCCGAUAAUCAGCAGGAGCAGUUGUUCGAUGCCAUCUUGAAUGGAUUCUUCGAUUUCCCCGCUCCAUAUUGGAACAAUAUUGGUGACAGUGUCCGAGAUCUGAUAAUCAACAUGUUGCAAUCCGAUCCGGAGUUGCGAUUCUCCAGCGAAGACAUUCUCGAUCAUCCCUGGCUGACGAGUGACAUUGUAGACGACACACGAGAUCCCAAUGGGUAUCGAAUUAUCUCCAAUCUGGUCUACUAGAACUAUUCCAUUCUCACAGCUGGCGCGUGUUGUGUUUGGGUGUGCGUGUGUGUAUGUGUGCGAGUGGGUGUGAACGAGUGCAUGUGCGUAAGAAUAUGCAUACGAUUGCGAAAGUCUCAGCACCCAAUCAGCAAAGCUGACAAGCACCGACCCGUAUUACUUCUAGCUCCUCCUAUUUUGUUAGACCUUUUUAGUUUUCUAUCUCUAACAUGCACAAUUUCCAAAUUUUGAUUGCCCGUUAGAUAGAAAUCAAUUUUUCUGUGAUGACUCAGCAGCAUUAUGUGCGCUCACAACAAAAGCUAUUAUAUAAAAUUUAGUUUUCAAAUCCUUUAUGACACCUUAGGUUUAUGAACCCAUCAGCGAAAUAAAUGGGAGCACCUUGCACGUGUAAAAAGCACCAUAGAAAUUGUUAAUAGCAUGGUUGAAUUAUAUAGUCAUAUCUUAUUAGUAUCUUUUUCAACAUUUACGAUUUUCUUUAUUCCAUAUCAAGUAUCGAAUGAAUCAACAAUCAACUACUAUUGAAUGCAGUUAAAAGGAUGCAUAGCUGUUCUAAGCAAAAAAAGCAAUCAAGAACCGCCAAAAACUGUCAGUGAAGACGAUCAAAAAUAUCAGUAUGCGUAGAUGAUCAACAAAUAGUUGCAUGAAUUCGGAAGAGACAAGUUUGCAUGCCGCAUUCAACCAAUUGACUUGCAUCCACUUUUUGCAAGCCUUGUAUUCGGAGGAACCCAAGAGAAAGAACGAGAUUAAAGGAAGGAAAGAGCGAGAGAGAUUGUGUGAACGAACGAUAGAGAGAGAAAUAAAAGAGAGGAAUCGAAUUAUGUAAAUAAGCAUUUUAAGGUAUUUAUGAACUAUAUAAAUAAAACAUUACUGCUAUUGCUAGUAAGAAUAUUGAUAAUACUGUACCAUUUGUAUUGCGCUUAGGAAAAAAGAAAACAUAAAUGAAACGAGAGCGAAGUUUGUCAUCACUACUAGGUAACAUUACGUCCUGCAUAAAGAUUCGUUGUUUAUAAUUAUUGCUGUUAGCAAUUGCAGAUUUUUAUUCUUUUGAAUAAUUUAAGCAAGCUUAUUUAUUUGGUUUAAUUAUUGUUAGCUCAAUUGAUGCGAUCUUAUUGGUACUAAAUAAAAGGGGCGCGUACAGACCGUAAUGAUCUUUUUUGUCAUCAUAUAGAAUCCAAAAAAUAGCACAUCGGAUAUUGAACAUAGUCGUACUUUACGUUGAGCCUUUAUCUUGUUUUGAACAAUUAGUAUUUAUUUUCAACCUUCUCUACAUUCUGCUUCCCGAGAAUGUCGUAACAGCGUUCUCCUGAGUUCACCUUUCAAGAGCACACGUUGAUAGUCCUUAGUUUUACUGUUUAAGUUUGAUAUCUCUCACCUACACAAAUAUCUAUAGACAGGAAGGAACCACUUUAGGGUAAUUUCAAAUAUUAGAAAUUGUAGCAUACGAUUGGCCGAAUUGAUAAUUUUUUAAUUAAGAAAUACACCGAACGAAUUGAACAGUACACAUAAUUAUGAGAAAAA